AUGGUUUACCCAGUGAUUGUUGUUGGCGGCGGCCCCGUUGGCCUCGUCGCCGCCCACGCCCUGUCCCGUGCUGGUGUUGACUUCCUCCUCCUCGAGGGCCGCCCCGAUAUCGUCUUCCACGCCGGCUCCGACCUUGUCCUUACCAAUUCAGGCAUGCGGGUCCUCAACCAGCUCGCCCUCCUCGAACCCCUCGACAAAGUGAGCACAGAUCUCGACGUGAUGCAGCGCGUUGAUCACCAGGGCCGCAACAUUGGCGAUAUCGACUUUCUCGCGUACCAGAAAGAAUUCUUCGGCUUGGCUCCCCGCGUCCUCAGCCGCCAUGACAUAAGCGCGGUCUUCUACGACAGUCUACCUGGAUCUAUAAAAUCCCGCCUCCUACCCAACAAGCGCGUGGCCAGCCUUGCGAGUAACGCCAACGGCGAUGGCGUCGUCGUCACCUGCCGGGAUGGCAGCGUGUACGAGGCAUCCCUCGUCAUCGGGGCCGACGGCGCCCACAGCAUCGUUCGCCAGCAGAUGCGCGAGCUCGCCGUCCAGCACAACGCCACCCUCCCUGCCGACUCCAUGCCUGCGCCCGUCAACGACGAGCAGCCCUUUCUGACAACCUUCCGCUGCCUGUGGCUGCGGUUCCCCUCCGUCUCGGCUAUUCCAGUCGGCACGACGAGCGAGACCCACGGGCCCAUCGCGACAACGCAGCUCUUUGCCGCCGAAGACACCACCGUCUUGGCUCUCUACGAGCGCCUCGACACCCCGACCCGUGACCGCAUCCACUACACCCAGGCCGACCAGGACAGCGUGGCCGCCCGCUGGGGCAACCUCCUCGCGGCCAAGGGCAGCGACAUGACCAUCGCGCAGGCUUGGGCGGCACGCACCGAGAGCGGCCUCGUGAACCUCGAGGAAGGCGUCGUCGAGAACUGGAGCUUCGACGGGCGCGUCGUGCUCACGGGGGACGCUGCGCAUAAGUUCACCCCGAGCACAGGGGCCGGGUGCAACAACGGCAUCGUCGACAUUGUCGCGCUCGUCAACGAGCUGUACCCCAUCCUCCCCUCGUCUGCCUCGCCGGACCGCCCCAUGCCCGGCAAGCACGAGGUCGCCUCCGCCCUGCAGCGAUAUCAGAGCAAGCGCCACGGCGCGGUUACCGCUGGGUGUGCCUACUCCGGGCAGGUCACCAAGAGCUCAUCCUGGGCUGACUGGCAGAGCUGGCUCGUGGACCGUUACGUCUUACAGUUCAAGUUCGUGCAGCGGAGACUGGCGCUCAUGGGCGCCACGAGGGAUACUGCCAAGACGCCAGUCUUCAGCUUCAUCGAGGGCGUGGACCGCAAGGGUGGCAGCGUCCCAUGGAUCAAGCAAAUGAAGGCCCCGACUGUGGUGAAGGUUUGA